AUGCCGGUGACGAGGUCGUGGGUGUCGUCGCUGUUGCUGUCGCCAUCGUGGUGGUGUGUGUGUGUGUGUGUGUGUGUGUGUGUGUGUGUGUGUGUGUGUGUGUGUGUGUGUGUGUGUGUGUGUGUGUGUGUGUGUGUGUGUGUGUGUGUGUGUGUGUGUGUGUGUUCGAUACAGAAGCCAAGGAAACGGGAAGGACAGCAGCGAAAGAAGGACAAGAUGACGGACCGGACCAGUUUACAGAGCGUAGAGCUGGAUGGCAGUGCUGACUUGACCUCGGCCCCGCGGUCGCAGGUCAAGGUCACCGUUGUCAUGUGGGUCAAUCAGGUUACCAAUAUCGAUAGCGUGUCGGGGACAUUUAAGAUUGACGUGGAUGUCGAGUAUCAAUGGUUGGACAUGCGCGUUGUCACCAAGAACCCCGAGCCUGAGCUCGUCUACGACGAGUUCAUCUUCCGGCCAGAGAUCGACAACCCCGAAGAGCAAAUCUGGCAGCCCAAUGUCGAGGUCAUCAACAUUGACGAUGGCGACGCCGAAGGCGGCGAGCCGACCUACAUUGUCAAAAAACUGCCUGCUUGGGACUUUCCCCUGGUGACUAUGGAGCGCACUUACCAGGUCACCUUGAAUAGUCCCAUGCAGCUGCGUCACUUUCCUUACGACGAGCAAGUCCUAUCUUUCUACUGCCGCAGCAUCGAUCAGUCCAAGGAAGAGCUCAUCUUUGAGAUUCCCCCUGAUUGCGCCGUACCUGCCAUUCUAGAGUCACGAGCGUCAUACGUGGACAACCUGGCACAUGACGUGCACUUUGAGGAGUGGGACAUGAUUGCAGUCACGGCGUUUGCGCGUGAUCAUCUGUACGAGUAUGUUGCACGCAGCGAGGGCGUGGAUCAGGCCGUCUACUCCGAGUUUCGCCUCUCGUUCCGACUCAAACGUCGGAUGGGCUUUUAUGGUAUCAAGGUCAUUACGCCUACGCUAGUGGUCAUGCUGAUGGAGCUCGGAGCAUUUUUUGCAGAGCCCGAUGACCUAGGGACGCGAAUCAGUGUGUCGCUGACACUGCUGCUGACGGCCGUGGCCUUCCAGUUUGUGGUGGGCGAGCUGUUGCCCAAGAUUUCCUAUAACACCAUCAUUGAUUAUCUCUUCAUCGUCAUGUACAUCCUGAUUACCCUCUCGUACGCGCAAAACAUCAUCGUGUUCCAGCUGAGCAAGAGCCUGGGUUCCGAGGACCUGGAGCUGAUUGACUUCACCUGUGCCGGUGUCUACCUGCUCUGUCUCCUGGUUAUCAUCGUGCUCUACCUCAUCAUCUUUCCUCUCUACUUUCAAGCACCCGAGGCCUUGACCAUUCUCAACAGCCAAGAUCGCCUGAAAAAAUAUAACAUUGAGUGGUCUGACGCUGAAGAUGACGACGAUGACCGCACCGUUGUCUCCAGCAUGUAA